CUGUCAAUAUCACCUUUUCAAAAGGAACACAGUACAUAGAGAAUUAAUGCGUUUGAUACAAGAUUUUGGUAUAGGAUGAAAGAAGCACACUAGAACGUUUAGAGGCCCACAAUCACUAUUUUAAUUAGCAAAAGACGACUUGAGGAUGGUAAGGUUUUGACACUUCAAGCACAGAACGGGAUCUUGACUUUAUGAAGUAAAUGCUCACAAUUAAAUAAGCUCAGUUGUUAUUAUAAAGUGGGACUUCCACGUAACGAACCACAAGGCAUGCCCGUAGAUACCUGAAUUACAGCUAUUUCAGAGUCAGACAAAUCAGAAGCAAAGAAUCUUGAAUCCUGCCUACUAAGCGCUAGACCAGAGUGUAACUCAAAUUCAUGAAGCACAGUACGUACAUAUUGCGCCGACGGCAAUGAACGAUCAACAUUGUAGAAGAUACCAAAUAAUAGCUCACUCUCUGUUGAGGUGGGUAUGAAUGAAACAUCAGCAGCCGCUGCCCAUAAGUGAUUUUCACUUUCAAAUGGGGGUGACUUAUAUUUCCAUUCAAACUAAUGAUUUAACAAUUCAGAAAUAAGAAAAUAAUUUUCAAUACUAGCCACUCAGAUCAUUUGAUUGAUCCAAUUAUAUGUAUCGAAUUGGUUUAGUCAACUAAAGGAAAUAAUAAUUUAAGAUUACGUAACCAAAUGACAUUACUGCAUUCCAGACUCCAGUUUUAUUAGAAAAAACAUUCCAUACUCCAUUAAUAACAAACACAAAGCAAGACUAACAAAACAAUUGUGUCAACUUAAAAACACACAAGACUAUUAGUUGAAACAUUUGUUCGACUUUCUGAAACAUUUUUUUCUUAAUAUUUUUUUUAAAAAACCUUUAUAAAAAGAUAUACACAUAUAGAGAUUAUAUUUAUGAACAAUUUCUCUUAGUAUUUAUAUUUUAUGGUUAUAAUUAAGAUUCUGUUAAGAUUUUUUUUUUCUUUUUGAAAUUUUAAACCGCAAUACGGAAGUUUCAUAUUUUAGAAAAAAUCAUAAUUUGGGAAGCGUAAAAAAUAAAUAAAAUUGGUGAAAGAAAAUAUGAGAGAGAAAUAUAAUUAAAUAAUUUAGAAAAUUGACAAAGAAAUAAUAGAAAAGAAACAAAUAAAGGUGGCAAGCAUGUAUAUAUAGUUAAGAGAUUGAUUGUUAAGUGCAUUAGCAAUUUAAGAGCUGUUGCUUCACCAUUAUCGGCUGGAUUAGCUUGAUUCUUAAUUUUCUCUUCUCUCUGAAUUAAUUUAUACCAAACCCUAAUUUUUAAAAAUUGUUUCAACAGAAGAACAACUUAUAAAACCAGUUGUCCCUUCCAUGGCUUCUUCUUCUUCUUGAGUUUGGGAAGAGAACGUGUCAAAGUGAAAAGAGGUUGAAAACAAAAUUUUAUUCUUCCCACAAAAUUCUUCUGAGGAAGUCUUUGGAGUCUUUAUAUUUAGACUGAUUCAUCUUCUUUUAUAUAUAAACAAUUAUAUAUAAGCCAAGAUGGAUCAGAUGUCACCUGAUAACAUCAAUGGACUCAUUUUAGCAGUCUCUUCAAGUAUUUUCAUUGGAUCUAGCUUCAUCAUCAAGAAGAAAGGUCUCAAGAAGGCCGGUGCAAGCGGUGUCCGAGCAGGUGAAGGAGGGCACGGUUACUUAUCUGAACCAUGGUGGUGGGCUGGAAUGAUAACAAUGAUUGUUGGGGAAGUAGCCAAUUUUGCAGCCUAUGCAUUUGCACCAGCUAUUCUAGUAACACCUUUGGGAGCUCUAAGUAUUAUAUUCAGCGCAGUGCUCGCGCAUUUUAUUUUGAAAGAGAAACUGCAUAUAUUUGGAGUGCUUGGUUGUGUUCUUUGUGUUGUUGGGUCUGUAACGAUAGUCUUACACGCCCCUCACGAGCAGGAAAUAGAAUCAGUCAAGCAAGUUUGGAAGCUUGCUAUUGAACCAAGUUUUCUUGUGUAUGCUGCUGUGAUUUUGUUUGCGGUGCUUGUACUGAUCUUCUACUGUGAACCGCGCUAUGGGAAGACUCAUUUGAUAGUAUAUGUUGGAAUCUGUUCUUUAAUGGGUUCUCUUACUGUUAUGAGUGUUAAAGCUGUGGCCAUUGCCAUAAAGCUGACAUUCUCAGGGAUGAAUCAGUUCAAAUACUUCCACGCUUGGAUUUUCAUUCUAGUAGUCGCUAUUUGUUGCCUUUUGCAAAUUAAUUACUUGAACAAGGCAUUGGAUACAUUCAACACAGCGGUCAUUUCUCCGGUUUACUACGUCAUGUUCACAACUUUCACCAUUAUUGCUAGUAUGAUCAUGUUCAAGGAUUGGGCUUCUCAGAGUGGAUUAAAGAUCGCGACAGAACUGUGCGGGUUUGUAACCAUUUUGUCAGGGACGUUUCUGCUUCAUAAGACAAAAGAUAUGGGAAACAGUGCAAGUGGUCGUGGAUCUGUCACUCUGCCUAGUAACACUCCUGUUUUCACCAACUCAGGAUCUGGUCGGAGCUCCAGCUCGGAAAAAAUACCCUCCUGAGAGAUUUUUUUGAUCAUCCAAAGGUUUGAUCUAACGGUCCAGAUUCUUCCCUGUACGUAAACACGAGCACCUGAAAAAGAAAUUAGCCUCAAAACACAAGGAUGUGAGUGUUGGUACGGUGAUGAUUUUGUUAGGAAUGUUUGACUGGUUGCUUUUCUUAUUAUUUUGUUUCACACAUGGUGAUAAUUAAUGUAAUUUUACGAUGAAAGAUAAUUAAGAACAAAAAUAUUCAUAAGGUCAAAGAUCACUUGGAGAAACCAAUGUCUUGACAUAAACUUUGGUGUCGCGACAACUGAAACAAAACCACCAAACCGAGAAUCGUCAAGAGUUUAGACCAAGAUUCUCCUUUCUCCAAACUCCUUCACCACCCCCAAAAAUCUGCAUUGUUCCUUCUCCAAGCGUCAAUGUAGAACAUCCUCUAUUGAACACAUCUCGUGACAUAUCAAUAUAUCAUAUUAUAUGGUGGUGGAUGUUAAUGAUGAUGAGUGAGUGGCUUCCCAUUGAUGUAGAUGCCCGAUCUUGAUUUGUCAGCAAUAAAAACUCAAGAUGGAAAACUCUUAGUUGCUACUUUUUCAUCUAUGAGUUGCUUUUUCUCCAUAGCUUUCGAGUAAAUCAUUGCCUCUGUAUUGGUUCCUUUAUUGCAACAAAUCAACUAUUUGAUACUGCAAAUGAAGUAGUACAAGAGGAAAAAAAGAUAAGGGAUCCGGCCUGUAAG